AUGAGUAUCAGAUUGACUUCUUCUGAUACUGAUUUCAGUGAUGAGAUUAAAAAAUCUCACGAAGAUCCACAAAAGCUUUUCAUUCUAGAUUUCUAUGCAAGUUGGUGUAAAGCUUGUACGGACUUUGAUUCUCAUUUAAUUGAUUUGAGUAAGAAUUAUCCUUCUGUCUCUAUCAUCAAAGUAGAUGUUGAUACAUGUCCAGAAACCGUUGCUAGCUAUGGAGUUGUUCAAAUCCCUACAUUAAUUUUUGUGCGCCACGGCAAGCCUUUGGUUGUUCUACCGAAACCAAGUUCGGACGAUCUAAAAAGCCGUCUACAAGAAUUUCUUAAGUCCUCAUUUUCUGCAAAUUCUUCGCCUAUUUCAUCGAGUUUUGUUCCUUCAGUAUCACCCAUGCCUGGACUCAUCGAUCUUUCCAAUAUGCUAGAUAUCUCAAAGUGUGAAUGUCUUAACUGCCACAGUGAUCAUGGUCUCGAAUGUGCGCUAACUAAGGAUAUGACGUACCUCAUGUCAGAUGCUGAUGAACAGCUCAUACUAUUUCUUACCUUCAAUCAAGUGGUAAAACUCCACUCUCUUCGUAUCACAGCUCCAGAAGACUCUGGACCCAAAAAUAUCAAAAUUUUCACCAACCAACUUGCCACUCCUGAUUUUGAUGCUUGUGAAGCGGCAGAAGCUGUCCAAGCUUUUACUCUUGCUCCUGAAAAUCUUCACGCAUCUUCGUUAAUUCAACUGAAAUUUGUGAAGUUUCAGAAUGUUAAUAGUGUUACUAUUUUCGUCCAAGAUAACCAAAAGGGCGUCGAACAGACCCGUAUUACUAAUCUUAUUCUUUACGGUUGUCCCGUUAACAACGUAACCAAUAUGAACGAUUUCAAACGGGUUGCUGGACAGAAAGGUGAAGCCCAUGGCUAA